AUGACGUCGGACUCAAUAGGUCUGGAGAUAUUUCAAAGCCCACUGAAAGUAUUAUUAAAUGAAGAUGUUCAUCUGAAGUGCAAGGCAACUGGCUAUGUUGGUGCUACAAUUGACCCCAAAACGGUAGGAGUCGAAUGGAUCCUAGAGGGACAUACAACAGUGUAUUCUUUCAUCGGAGGUGAACAUUACUCAAAUCGAUCUGGAGCAUACAUUUCUGAUAGUGCUUUACUGAAGGGAGAUGCUUCACUUCACCUUCCGAAAGUACAAUUAGCAGAUGAAGGAAAAUACACUUGCAAUGUGUUCAUAACUCCUGAAAAUGCAGAACAGACUUCAGCAAUGCAGGUGUCAGCUCGACCAAACGUUAGCUUGUCUACACAAUCCAUUACGAUUCUGAGUGGUUCAGAGGGUUCUGUGAGAUGUGACGUCGCUGGGUUUUAUCCUUGGCAGUUGGAUAUCAGCUGGAUCAAGAUAUCAAAGUCAAGAACAGAAAAUGUUUCAUUAGAAAGCUAUACAAAUCAUUUUGCCAACAAUAAUGACAAAACAUUUAACGUUUCCAGUCAACUGACGAUUCGACCAACAGUGAAAGAUGAUGGUGACAAGUAUGGAUGUGUGGUGAAACAUUCAACAUUUCCUGAUGGUUUCACAGUAGAAUCUGUACUGACUGUAACAGAACCUAGGAAUCAUUCACUUGUAAUUUCAGCUAUAAUCUGUGUUACGGUAUUAUUAUGUAUAACACUUGGCUGUGGAAUUUUCAUUUGGAGAAGGCAGUCAAAAGGUCAUAAUCAAGAUGAUGAAGAAAAGCAAUCAUUUCUGAACAGUAAGUCACCUGACCCUAAAGCUGUGCCACACAUACCAGAAACUGGAACAAAAUCACAGCAAAACUCUUCAAAUGAUCAAAGCAAUACCAAGAAUCAAAUGGAAGGUUCACAAGAUGUCAAAACAGAAAAAGAUUCGCAGGGAAACUCUACAAAUGCUAAAAGUGAUCCUAACAAUAAAAUGGAAGAACAGGGAACCGACGGUGUAAACAAUGAAGAAAAUAAUUCGCAGGGAAACUCUACAAAUGCUAAAAGUGAUCCUAACAAUAAAAUGGAAGAACAGGGAACCGACGGUGUAAACAAUGAAGAAAAUAAUUCGCAGGGAAACUCUACAAAUGCUAAAAGUGAUCCUAACAAUAAAAUGGAAGAACAGGGAACCGACGGUGUAAACAAUGAAGAAAAUAAUUCGCAGGGAAACUCUACAAAUGCUAAAAGUGAUCCUAACAAUAAAAUGGAAGAACAGGGAACCGACGGUGUAAACAAUGAAGAAAAUAAUUCGCAGGGAAACUCUACAAAUGCUAAAAGUGAUCCUAACAAUAAAAUGGAAGAACAGGGAACCGACGGUGUAAACAAUGAAGAAAAUAAUUCGCAGGGAAACUCUACAAAUGCUAAAAGUGAUCCUAACAAUAAAAUGGAAGAACAGGGAACCGACGGUGUAAACAAUGAAGAAAAUAAUUCGCAGGGAAACUCUACAAAUGCUAAAAGUGAUCCUAACAAUAAAAUGGAAGAACAGGGAACCGACGGUGUAAACAAUGAAGAAAAUAAUCCGCAGGGAAACUCUACAAAUGCUAAAAGUGAUCCUAACAAUAAAAUGGAAAAACAGGGAACCGACGGUGUAAACAAUGAAGAAAAUAAUUCGCAUGGAAACUGUUCAAAUGAUAAAAGUGAACCAAAAACUAAAACGGAAGGCGUUCAUAAUAACAAUCCAGAAAACUGUAAACAGGGAACCGACGGUGUGAACAACGAGGAAAAUGAUUCGCAGGGAAACUCUACAAAUGCUAAAAGUGAUCCUAACAAUAAAAUGGAAGAACAGGGAACCGACGGUGUAAACAAUGAAGAAAAUAAUUCGCAGGGAAACUCUACAAAUGCUAAAAGUGAUCCUAACAAUAAAAUGGAAAAACAGGGAACCGACGGUGUAAACAAUGAAGAAAAUAAUUCGCAGGGUAACUCUACAAAUGCUAAAAGUGAUCCUAACAAUAAAAUGGAAGAACAGGGAACCGACGGUGUAAACAAUGAAGAAAAUAAUUCGCAGGGAAACUCUACAAAUGCUAAAAGUGAUCCUAACAAUAAAAUGGAAGAACAGGGAACCGACGGUGUAAACAAUGAAGAAAAUAAUUCGCAGGGAAACUCUACAAAUGCUAAAAGUGAUCCUAACAAUAAAAUGGAAGAACAGGGAACCGACGGUGUAAACAAUGAAGAAAAUAAUUCGCAGGGUAACUCUACAAAUGCUAAAAGUGAUCCUAACAAUAAAAUGGAAGAACAGGGAACCGACGGUGUAAACAAUGAAGAAAAUAAUUCGCAGGGUAACUCUACAAAUGCUAAAAGUGAUCCUAACAAUAAAAUGGAAGAACAGGGAACCGACGGUGUAAACAAUGAAGAAAAUAAUUCGCAGGGUAACUCUACAAAUGCUAAAAGUGAUCCUAACAAUAAAAUGGAAGAACAGGGAACCGACGGUGUAAACAAUGAAGAAAAUAAUUCGCAGGGAAACUCUACAAAUGCUAAAAGUGAUCCUAACAAUAAAAUGGAAGAACAGGGAACCGACGGUGUAAACAAUGAAGAAAAUAAUUCGCAGGGUAACUCUACAAAUGCUAAAAGUGAUCCUAACAAUAAAAUGGAAGAACAGGGAACCGACGGUGUAAACAAUGAAGAAAAUAGUAAGUUGCGCAAAGCUUUCAUAUAUUUGCCGAAGGAAUGUGGGUAA